UUUAAUCUCUCUCUUUCUGUGUUAGAUGAUGAGUUCGUGAGUGCUAUGGAUUACAAAAGCUGACAGCUAUAUUUUCUCGAGAACAUAGUUUCCAAGAAAAGGGUUAAAAGUGAAUAAUUGAGCUCCAAAAGCCUCCCCAAUUCUUCUCUCAGAGCUGCGUCUUUAAUGGCCCCACUGUUUAGUUGAAUCUGAACCCAUCUGAGAAUCACAAGUUUUUUGGGACAACUUGUUAAUUUUAUAAGACAAGUUAAUACUUUUAUUUGGAAGUUAAUAGGGAAGAAGCUUGGAAAGUUGGAAAUCUCACCAUUGAUGAUCUAUGCUUUCUCUCCAUCUACUUUUGUUGGACUUAGAUGGACGUUCCCUCAUUGGAACAACCUUGUGAAAUUGGAGCUGAUAGAUACCCUUUGCUAAUGGAGCGGCAGGAAACACAUAAUGAUAGAGAGCACGUCAUUGACAUACCAAGGAGUAAUGAUGCUUCGUCAAGCUCAUCGUAUGAUGAUGAACCUCCUGGAAUGGACCCACCACAGCAUGAAGACAGAGCAUCAGGUAGCACAGGAGUCCCUACGCAUCAAACUUCUGUGUCAUCCACAAAUAGAGUAAACUCCAGGAAUUCUUCCUUAAUAAGGAGAGGUGAUGGAUAUUCGCAUCGCCGUAGGAGCCCAUUAAAUUCUGGCCUAUGGAUUUCUGUUGAGCUAGUUGUUACUGUGAGUCAAAUUAUUGCAUCUAUUGUUGUUUUGUCAUUGGCAAGAAAUGAAAAACCACAGGCCCCACUAUUUGAGUGGGUUGUGGGUUAUGCAUCUGGUUGUGUUGCAACGCUGCCUGUUCUUUAUUGGCGCUUUCGUAACCGCAACCAGGGUAGGGAGCAAGAUUCCUCACGGACACAACAGGAUUCUUCUCAAGGCAACUCUUCAUCUGAACCUGCUUCAUACACAGCUAUUUCAGCUGUUCGAAAUUCAGAAGUGGAAGAGCAGCAAACUGCAGUUACAUCUUCAAGACACAGUGAGAUUGUCCCAAGCUUUAGCUCACGCUUCAAUGGACUAGUGGACCACUUCAAAAUGGCAUUGGAUUGCUUUUUUGCUGUGUGGUUUGUUGUGGGUAACGUGUGGAUUUUUGGAGGUCACUCUUCCCCCUCUGAUGCUCCAAAAUUGUAUAGGUUAUGUAUAGUUUUCCUUACAUUUAGCUGUAUUGGGUAUGCCAUGCCAUUUAUACUAUGUGCAACAAUUUGUUGUUGCUUGCCCUGUAUAAUUUCAAUCCUGGGCUUCCGGGAGGAUCUUUCACAAACCAGAGGUGCCACACCAGAAUCCAUUAAUGCUUUACCGACUUACAAGUUCAAGUUGAAGAAAAAUGGUGAUGAUCAAGAAGUAAACUCUGGAGCUGGUGAUGGUGGGGUUUUGGCAGCAGGAACAGAAAAAGAGCGUGCCAUCUCAGGAGAUGAUGCAGUUUGCUGUAUUUGCUUAGCAAAAUAUGCAGACAAUGAUGAAUUGAGGGAGCUACCGUGCUCCCAUUUUUUCCACGUGGACUGCGUGGAUAAAUGGCUGAAGAUCAACGCAUCAUGUCCCCUCUGUAAAUUUGAGGUUGCUGAGAAUAGUGGGGCUUCACCGUUAAACACCAGCCGGCAAGAGAGUGAGAGGAGGGUGGAUAAUGGGCCAGCUGACGGUGUCUAUGGGAGCACUGUGUUCUAGUUAGUUGAUUUCUCAACCCCAAUUGGUGUUGCAAGCUUUAGGUCACUAUCACAAUUUAUCUACAGUGUCCCUUCUAUUGGCCGGGUUCCUAUAUUUUAAAUGAGAACAAUAUAUUUGAAUUAUAGUGAUGUGAAGAAUACAUGAACUUUGGCAUUAUUGACCGGAACGGUGAGAUUUGUGGGAAGAAGUUUCCAUGAGAACAAACUGAAUCUGGUUUCUGUUCCAGUCAGGAACUCCAGCUGAGAAGCUUUCAGUUUUGCAAAUUUAUACAUAACCAGAUACGAGUAUCCAUUGAUUACUUCUGAAGCCUAUUUUUCUGCUUUACCAGUUUUGGCAGAUUCUCUCUUGGAUAUAUGGAUCGAGGAGACCCACCUUUUGGGGCCAGAGAGCACUCACAAGCACGCAAGCAGUGCAUUUCUGUUACUGGAAAACCGAUCAUUGAAGCUGUUUUAAAUUUGCAUGUGUUGCCAACAUUGUAUUAUCCGGUGUUGCAUUGAUGCAAGAAAAUAAAACUCUGUGAUAUCCCAGGGAGAAUGCACAUGAAAGUGAUGUUAAUGUAUGAAUUUUAUUGUAACAAUUGUAGGUGGGGAAAUGUGUGAAAUUUUGCAAUUGUGCACUAUUAUUGGACCAACUCAAGAACUAUUAGUCUAAUUUGGAUUUUAAUUAUUUGAAAAAUAA